AAAAAUUCAUUCAGCGUGGUUCAGUCGGUUCAGUCGGUACAAUUUGUUUGUGUGUGAAGAUUGACAUUUACAAACAGUUUUAACAUUUUUUGAUUUUUCGCUUCGUUGUUUGUUGUUUUUGAUUACUUUUAUCUUGAUAUUUAUUGUAUUCAGUACCGAACCAUGGCUAACAGAAGUGGUGAUAAGGAAUUACAACGAAAUGGACAUACAAAUGAGUGUUUUGUUUGCAAAAAAAGCUGUGAAAACACAUGUAGCCGGUGCGGUGAAUUUUACUGCUCUAAACAAUGCCAAACUGUUGAUUGGCGUGAGCACAAAUAUUAUUGCUUCGAAAUGCCGGAAUUGAUCAUCAAAUCAUCUCCAGCUAAUGGCCAUCAUUUUAACAACAGUCCAAAAUUUCAAAGUGAAAAUCGCAGAGUGUUGCAGAAUCUGCGAAGAGGUGAUUUCCGUCCUGAACAUUCAAAUCAAUCAGAAAACACUACAGCUGUUGAAUCUCAACAAUCUCAACGAACCCAUGCGAAACGAGAUGAAGAGAGCGCACCGACUGCACAACCUGUAGUUUUCAACUUUGGUGAUUAUCCAAAAAACAACGACGACGUCGUAAUAACUCACGUACGACAUGCGAAUUCUUUUUACAUACGCACUUGUUGCACUGAUAAUCAAUAUCAGAAGAAUGCCAAAGAUUUUGAUGAUUACGGGAGAAGGGGUGUGAAAUUAACGUCCAUACCACAAAGAAAUGAUGCCGUUUUGGUUCGACAUGAUGGAAAAUUUCACCGAGCCAUUGUUUUGCAAGUCGAAGGAGAGGAUAACGUCGAAAUCGCUUUGGCUGACACAGGCAGAAAAAUCCAUAAACCCGUCCAUGAUAUGCGACAAAUAACUGACGAAUUGAAAAGUCGCGAACGAUACAACUUCAUCGUAACAUUGACCCACAUGCCUAAGAAAUUAAACCCGGCAGAAUUCAGAAAAUUACGUGAAUUCGUGAACAACCAGACCGUUUUCAAGGUUCAAUUCGACGGAGACGACUGGAAAUCUGCCCAAAAAUUCAAGCUACUCAUGAAUGACAGUGGAUUGCCGAUGGAAGCAUUCGUUUUGGGAAAUGAACCGAGCCAAUUCAAUGGAAACGACUCGAAAGACGACAAAAAUACUAAACCUGUGAAAACAGACAGUGGCCUUGUAGAAACAUCAAUAAGAGAUGAGCCGAACAAUGGUCCUGCCGCAUUGGAAACCACUUCAAUUGCAACAAACGUCGAAGAACCCAUGCAUUCGCCAAAUACUCCAGGUACUGAAGAGGUAAACAAAUCGAACCAGCCGAUACUGUUUAAACACCUAGCUACCGAGACGUUACCCGACGUUGCUGGAUUAAUGAUUUUCGAUAAUAGCUCCGUUCAUUUGGGAUAUGUUAGUGCUGUUGCCACGAAAAGUAUCGAAAAUUUAUACGUUUUGCAUAAUAAAGUCAACGAAUAUGGCAGUCUCAUCCAUGAAGUGUACGAGCCCGAACUGGAUGAGUUGUGUCUGGUUAAGUUUGAGGACGAAUGGUACAGAGCCAUUAAAUGCGAGACGAAAUUUUGGUUCAUUGACUGGGGCAACAUGGAAGACAUCGACAGUUGCAACAUCAGACGUUUUCCAGAAGAUUUGAAAGAUCCGUGUCACACGUUCGUUUGUCAUGUUCAUGGUUUAACGUCCGAGAUGGCUCUUGAUGAGGGGAAAAUUGAACAGUUAAAGGUAUUGCUAGAGAACCAAAGCCAGCAUCCAGAUUGUGUUUGUGUUAAAGUCGAACAUGAACUAAUGGAAUAUAAUGUCAAGUUUCCGAUACUCUCGAAUUUUUUUUAGAAUUUCAGUUUUUCAUUAAUUUUUUUUUUACUUUGUUCAGUUAAUUUUCAUUUUAUUUUACGUAAAUAAAGACUAAGGAAUCUCA